GCACGGAUCCCGGCGGGGAAGCUUCGGCAGCCGCGGAAGAACCAGAAGCUGGGGAGCAACAUGUCUCUCCUUGCUGGGCCCAACUAUGAACGGGGGCUGCUCUCUGGUGGCUUGGGCCACCCUAUGUCUGGUGGGGGGUUGGGCCACCUCGCGGCGUCUAGGCCGCCCCUUCACUGCAGUGUGGAACGUGCCCACAGCCCGAUGCCAAACCCGCUUUGGCCAGCCCCUGCCCUUGGAGGCCUUUGGCAUCGUGUACAACCAGGCCCAGCAUUUCCAGGGCCAGAACGUUACCAUCUUCUACAAGAACCAGUUUGGCCUUUACCCCUACCUGGGGCCAACAGGGGUCAUCCACCAUGGAGGUGUCCCCCAGGCUGUUCCCUUGCAGAAGCACCUCACCCUGGUUGCCAGCCAGAUCUCUGGCCUCAUGCAUAAGGGCUUCAGGGGCUUAGCUGUGCUUGACUGGGAAGAGUGGCACCCACUCUGGAACCGGAACUGGGGACGCCACAGGAUCUAUCAAAAGGCGUCUCAGGCCUGGGCCCAGCAGCAGUGGCCGGAUCUGCCUCCUAAGCAGCAGCGUCUAGAAGCUCGGGCUGCCUUUGAGAGGGCUGCUCGGGCACUGAUGGAGGAUACCCUGAGGCUGGGGCAGGCACUUCGUCCUGGGGGGCUGUGGGGUUUCUAUCGAUUCCCUCUCUGCCGAAGCCCCCGGCCAGGCAGGCACAAUUACACUGGGAAGUGCCAGAAGGCAGACAAGACCUACAAUGACCAGUUGCGCUGGCUUUGGGAAGCCUCUAGUGCUCUCUUCCCCAGCAUCUACCUCCCACCAGGCUUGCCUCGAGUCUAUCGAAAGGGCUAUGCACGACAUCGGCUGGAAGAGGCUUUCCGAGUGGCCCGGUUUGCACAUCCACGUGCUCUGCCCGUGCUGGCCUAUACCCGCCUCACUCACCUUGGCUCUGGGCGGUUUCUGUCCCAGAAUGAUCUGGUUCAGACCAUUGGAGUAAGUGUAGCCCUGGGGGCAGAAGGCAUCAUCCUCUGGGGUAACCUCUCUUUUUCCAGUUCUGGGGAGCAGUGCAGGCUUCUCCAGAGCUAUCUGUCAACCAUCUUGGGCCCCUACUUAAGCAAUGUAACUAAGGCUGCCCAGGUCUGCAGCCAGCAAUUAUGUCACAGCAAUGGGCGCUGUGCCCGACUGGUACCCAGCAAUGAUGACGUCUUCUUACACUUGGAACCAACACUGGGAGCCAUCAAGAAAGACCCUGCCAAGUGGAACCAUUUCCGAUGUCUCUGUUACCCAGGCUGGAAAGGCUCCACCUGCAAAUUUCCUGUACCUGGCACAGAAUGAAGGGUACCCUUGAGCCCUAUCCCCAUCGGGACUCCUGCUUGCAGCCACCUGUAUCAGUCUUUACCUUCUGAGCUUCUUUAAAUUGUUCCCACUGGCCUCUCAUUCUCCCCCACACCAAACAGAUUGGUUGAGGUGGCCUUUUCCUGCCUGUUUCCUAAUGGUCCCCCUCUGCCACGAGCCUAGUAAUAUUCCCCACCUUGCUCUGCUGUGCCAGAAACUACUGGCUUUGGGAACUGAAUUUUUGAUUUUGAACAAAUUUCUUCCUAUCCCCAAAUGCCUCAAAUUCCUCAUCUUUUUAAGAGAAUUGGAGUAAGAGCUCGUGCACACCUCAGAAAUAAAAAUCCUAAUUUUACCGAUGAAGAGCUCAGAGAGGGGAAAGAAUUAAAGUCACAUCUAGUUUUCCAGCCAUAUUUGAACCCAGGUCCUCUGAUUCCAAAUCGAACUUUUUUUUUCCUGCUGCACCGCAAAAUGAGGGGAUUGAAUCAAAUGACCUACAAGGUUCCUUCCAGCUUUUAAAUCCUAAAAAAGUGUAAUAUUUGGGCUAGAGUUUAAAAUGGCCCUAUCCUCUGGCUUCUGGCUGACUCCCGCAGGGCAGCUGCAUCCUGGAUAGACCUUGAGUCACCUUCUUUGAACUUUGCCCCCCUGGAUUCAAGGACCUCGAAGUGGGAACUGGUCCACCUGGGAUUCAGGAGGUGGUUCUGAAUUCUACCCAAAUGCUACUGUUACGGAGUCAGUGUCACGGUGACUUAAAUUCCACUGUUAGGCUGGCCCAUAAACGCGUUUUCUUUCUCCUCUC